GGCUUUUAUCACAGCUUGUCUACCUUAGACCGACGCGCUCCAACUUCAUGUAAACUUCGCAAUUUGCCAAUGACGUCGAUUCUCAGAUUAGACACAGUCCUAGACCAUUUACUGUGUGUAUGUGUGUACAUGUGUAUCCCCUCUGUAUGUAAAUGUAUGUCCGUAGAGUAGGGAGCGCUGAACGGUGGUAUAUCUAGCACGAACGCUGCCCAUUCGCUCACACCCAUCCCUUUUCACCCAUCCCUCGAACAUGACCUUCAUCUCAAAUGAUCCCAGUUUGUGGCCGCAAAUCAACUUGAAUAUUAUUCUCAGCUAUUUCGAAGUUGCCGCCUGCGUCAUAGUAGUAUACGAUUGGGUCUUAACACUGAGACAAGAGAUUGAACUCAUCUGGCGACAACGCUGGUCUCUCAUGACUGUGCUGUAUUUGAUUAUACGCUUCAUUGGAAUACCGUUUUCUUUUAUCUAUCUUCUGGAGUAUGUGCCAUCGGUAUCGCUGACAGAUACAGUGAGUACUAUCGCGGACUACGCAGUAAGUGGCACAAUUGUGAUCGUGACUGCCAUGUUGGGCGUCAUCAUGAUUUCUCGGUUGCAUGCCAUGUAUCAGGGAUCUAGAACAAUUCUUAUGUUCCUUGUUAUUAUCUUCCUGGCUGUAAACAUCGCCUGCGGAGUGAUCACGGUAAUAGGACUCAACGAUAUUAGGAGUUCAUACUUUCUGGCACAUAUGUGUGCGGUUAUGUACUAUAUGAAGGGGACGAGCAGCUUCUGUUUUCAAUGGUUUCGAUUCUCAACACUGUUUGGGAGGCCCUCGCACUGUGCUUUUCAGUCUGGAUUGUUGUGAAACACUUCCGUGACCUGCGACGACUCGGCCCAUCAACAGGAUCGACCAUCGGGGACUGUUUCAGAGUGCUGAUACAAUCU